AUGCGGUUCAUUGCCUUACUGAGCCUUUCCGUGUCAGCGGUGGCAGAGCUUCUCCGCCCCAAUGGUAUAUCCUUGAGCCUGAACGGAACAAACUAUUUCUUAUCGCCAUCGCUCCAACAAACAUUACCAAAAAGCCUCAUUCCAGCCACCAUUGCUACGGACACUUUGUCAUUUGUGCCCAUUACUGUCGUUGGCAAUGAUACCGCUCCAGAUGAUCUGGCUAAAGUCUUUAAAACCUGGGCACAAAAGGACGACGUCUGGCAACCUGCCUUUACUGAAUUGGUUGUACUUUUGAAAUCGCCUGGUUGUAAAUCAACAACGGCUACAUUCAAGGAUGGCAUUAAGACGGUCGUUUCCUGCUGGCACAAAGCUCCUGCAAUUCCAUCAGGACCUUAUUUCUUAGAUCCUUCCAGAGGGAGUCUACAUCAAGUGUAUCGGCUCUACGAUGACUUCUCCGGUAGCUUUCUGGAAUCUCUCAUUCAGUCCCCCCACGGAACCUUUCAGACUCUUUCAGCGCACGCUCCGGGUAGCAGUUCUCUCACCAUAGGAGUCCCCUCGCGCUUGUACUUUACUCGUACGAAGGAAAAGCCUUUGGCAGGUAUUCGCGUGGGAGUCAAAGACCUUUACGACCUCAGAGGUGUAAAAAGCUCGCGCGGUAACCGUGCUUGGUAUAAUCUCUAUCCCGCCGCGAAUAAGACAGCACCAGCUAUUCAGAACCUGAUCGAUGCAGGAGCUGUUAUUGUCGGGACACAGAAGCUCUCCCAGUUUGCUAAUGGGGAGAAUCCAACUGCGGAUUGGGUCUCGUACCUUGCGCCAUUCAACCCCCGCGGAGACGGGUACCAAGGUCCAUCCUCGUCCUCGUCGGGCGCCGGAGCAUCUAUAGCAUCUUACCCUUGGCUUGACCUUGCUGUUGGGAGUGACACUGGAGGCUCUAUUCGAGGGCCUGCUGGAGUUUCAGGUGUCUUUGGAAAUAGACCUACUCACGGUCUCGUCAGUUUGGACCAUGUGUUGCCGCUUUCACCCAAGAUGGACACGGCUGGUUUUCUCACUCGCGAUCCAGAGAUCUGGGGAGAAGCACAGGCAGCGAUGUACAAGAAGAACUACACGGUCUUUUCAAGGGAGAGAGUCAAGUACCCGCGGACGGUUUACACGGCGGGAUUUCCGGCCAACGAUACACCGGAGGGCGCAAUACUGCACCAAUUUGCCAACGAUCUCGCUGACUUCCUUGCCACCAAUGUCACUGAGUAUAAUAUCAGCCAACACUGGGCUUCAACGGCACCGAAGUCCGUUGGAAACACUCCCUUGACGGAAUUGCUGAACGUAACCUAUGCUGCUCUCAUCACCAAGCAACAGGUCGCUUUGGUAAAAGAGCCGUUCUUUAGAGACUACGCUGCCGCUCAUGAUGGCCGUACGCCCUACAUAGAUCCAGCACCCAGCGCGCGAUGGGCAUGGGGCGAAAGCCAGCCCGACUCCCUCCUCGACGACGCCAUCCGUAACAAAACCAUCUUCAUGGACUGGUUCAACCACGACGUUCUUCCAAAAGACAAAGACUCCCAACGAUGCUCUUCGAGCAUCCUGCUGUACACCCAGGGCCCAGGGAUCUUCAGCCGCCGCGAUGUCUAUCUAGACCCCCCAAGUGUUCCGUUUGGAUGGUCCUUGAGUAGGAUUUCCAUCUUUAGCGAAGCACCGGAUAGUGUGUAUCCGAUUGGGGAAGUAUCUUCUUUCAGUAAUAUCACCAAUCGCAACGAGAGCUUGCCUGUAAGCGUCAAUAUUAUGGUGGCAAGAGGGUGCGAUGGGCUGGUGCCGAGGCUGGCUCAGGAUCUUGCGGGGCUUGGUUUGUUGAAGAUUCCAAAGACUGGCGGGAACAUGUCGGGAGGAGAAGUUUUAUUUUAG